AUGGACAAGCUUUCUACGUGGCAACAGGAUACUGUGGAAGCCUUCUUGGUCAUGUUUGAAAACUUCUUUCAAACACUUUCUGAUGAAACAAGGUGUUCGGUGAUGAGGCUGGUCUACGAAAAGAACCUACCAAAGGACGGAGAUAUGGUUUUCUUAGGAAACUAUUUAAAAAGCUUUUCUUCGGAAGUCGCGGGAUGUGUUAAUGGAAUAGGUGAUCAUAAUGAAAUCCAGAAUAAUCCGCAGAAAUUCAGUUACAUUAGAAAAAAGCUUUCUUGGUAUCUGUUCACAAUACCUGGACCGACUUUACGCCGUCUGUUGUCACAGUGCCUGCAGAACAAAUUAAUUGUACCUGGAGUAGCACUCUCCGAUCUUACUGUCAAGUCCGAGAAAGUGCCACUCGAAAAUAUACCUAUUUUGAUUGAUUCCAUCAUAUUCCUGUUCGAAGAAGAAGCUAGUAGAUUGGAAGGCACUGGACGGCAAGAAGAUUUCGUUUACCUAGUGACGUCCCUUUGUCGACGAAAGCGAGACGCUGUCAAAGAAAAACCUGGACUAAAUGCUGUGCAAACUCCGGAAUUUUUGUUGCUUAUUGUGCAGUUGUUUAUGGAGUAUGAAUCUAAGCAUAGACAAGCUGCUGAAAUCUGUCAUUCGAUUUUGAAAGCCCUUAGUGGGAAGCUCAAAUGUUUAUAUAAAAGCCUUUCACUUAAUCGACAGGAGCAAUAUGAACAAAUAUCUGUGGAUUUUCCUUUUUCACCUGCUGAUUGCUUCUUUCGAUCCUUAUUUGAGCUCGCCUUGUUUGAAAUCGACGUGGCAUUAGACUUCCUUAAAAAAGGAAUCGCUGUUUUUCCCCGUGACGAGAAUCUCAUUGAGAAAAUCGCUAUAGCACUCAUAGAUUCUUGUGAGCAAAUGUCUUAUAAACGAAACAUAACAAGUUUAGCUCCAUUACUCUCGGAAUUGCUAUGGGAGAGCGACAAUGGUCGAAAUUUACGUUCUUAUCCAACGUGUGAAUCUGACAGUGGGACGAACCACGUUCCUGACACUCUUCUACAAGCAUUCUGCGAGUUGACGAAAGUUCACGCAGAAAAAGAGGUCGUCAACCUUCGUCACAACAGACUGUUUCAACCACCGGAUAUUAAAGAAGACCAGUUACCACCUCCAUAUGCCAGCAUACGAUUGGACGAGCGAGUAUAUGCUCAAAUAGCUGUUUUAUUUAAUGUAGCCUGCUCGUUGACAAGGCUUGUACCAGAGACUCCAACAUCACUGAAGAGCAAUACUGUGUACGCUUUUGCUAAAGCUGAUGUCAAGAAGCAGGGAAAUUACAAAACGGAGGAAAACCAAGAAAAAUCUGAGAAACAUUCUGUUCGAGGAGCAACAUUUAGCACGAACGAGCUUUGCAGUGUUCAAAAUGAGCUGUUCGAUAGAUUAGGAACAACGAAAAUGCAAGGUUUAACAUUAGAAGUGCUUGAAAAACUCGCAAAAACGUACGAGGAGAUGCAAAAAACCAAUGAAGAAUUAAAAAAUUCGCUGAAAAUUAUUAAAGAAGCUCUAACCAAGCCAUCAACGAUGACGGAGACGAAAUCAGGUUGGGCAAGUGACACGACGUUGAGAACACCGCCCAAGGAUCAGCUAGUGGCACAGCCAAAUGGAACGGCACAGGCCACAAAAUCCGUGCCUACCACCACUGCAGAAACAACGACCACUCCAGAAACGCAAACAGAUUUGAAGCAGCCUGGUACUUAA